UCUUGUUGAAGAAGCAGCGGUCGGUUCCAGCCUGCUAACUAGACGCGGUGAAGAGCAGUCGACACAACCAUGCCUCGUGUUUAUAUCGGACGGCUGAGCUACCAUGUCCGCGAAAAAGACAUCCAGAGAUUCUUCAGCGGAUAUGGAAAGCUCGCGGAGGUCGAUUUAAAGAAUGGCUACGGAUUUGUGGAGUUUGAAGACAACCGAGACGCCGACGACGCCGUGUACGAGCUGAACGGGAAGGAGCUGUGCGGGGAGCGGGUGAUCGUCGAGCAUGCCCGCGGACCGCGGCGAGACCGAGAUGGCCACGGUGGGGGUUACUUGGGUGGUGGGCGCAGUAGCGGUUACAGCAGCCGGAGUCGCACUGGCAGGGAUAAGUAUGGACCCCCAGUCCGUACUGAGUACCGUCUGGUUGUGGAGAACUUGUCCAGCCGCUGCAGUUGGCAGGACCUGAAGGACUUCAUGCGUCAGGCAGGAGAGGUGACUUAUGCAGAUGCACACAAGGAGCGCACCAACGAGGGAGUCAUCGAGUUCCGUUCCCAAUCGGACAUGAAGAGGGCUUUGGACAAGCUGGAUGGAACCGACAUCAAUGGAAGAAAGAUUCGUCUAGUGGAGGACCGGCCUCGCCGCCGAAGGUCUUACUCUGGCAGCCGCUCCAGAUCUCGCAGCCACCGCCGCUCCCGCAGCAGGAGCCGUAGAAGCCAAAGGAGCAGGAGCUCCAGGAGCCACUCCAGAUCCCACUCCAGGUCUCGUUCUCGUAGCAACAAGAGACGUCGUCAUUCCCGCUCAAGAUCUGGAAGGAAGUCUCGCUCCAAGUCAGGAGAAAGCAAAUCACGCUCUCGCAACCGCAAGUCCCGUUCUCGAUCCCGCAAAUCCAAAUCUCGUUCACGCUCCCACAAAUCCAGGUCUCGCUCGGCUGAACGUAAAUCUAAGUCCCGUUCAAAGAGCCGCUCAAAGGUAAAGUCUGAACGGGAUUCCCGUAGUCGAUCCAAGGAGAUGUCCGUCGACAAGAAGUCCCGCAGUCGUUCAGCCUCCCCAGUGGAGAACGGGAAGGAGGAGCGCGCUGCAAAAUCUGCCUCCCGCUCCCCGUCCCCACAGGAGGAUGACCGCCGGUCCAAGUCGAGGGAAAAACGCUCAGCCUCUCGCUCAAAGUCCCGCUCAAGGUCUCGAUCAGCUUCUCAUGAUUAGUGGGAGUAGAGGAGGGUGGCGGUACUGUAAUUGUCGAGCUUGAUCCCUAUGCUGUACAUAAUGAGCAGUUUCUUCAUACUGGCUAUAUGCUUCCUGACUCGCCUACUUUUCUCCUUCACGUCCGCACUUCUCUCAGACGUGUUAGUUGCAGUUUCAUUAGAGGAUGCUCAACAGUGACAGGGCUACUUGAUCAGUUUCAUUUCAUUUAUGGAAUCAUUUUGGUCUUCUUUCAAACAUCCGGCUCUCGGAAAGAAUUCAAUCUUACCAUAUUUAUUAUUUUCAGAAACUAAACUGAUCUUAAAAUAUUGCAAACUGGAACCUGAAGUAGUUAAAUCUAAAAAAUGUCAACAACUUGAACUGUAAUCUAUUAGAAGCUGUUUAUAGCUUUAGCACAAAUUAUUAUUAUUAGUAUUAUUUUACUUUAAGUUUGACAUGAAUCUUAUUCAGUUGGUAGAUUGAUCCAGUUCAGUGUCCGGUGAUGUCUCAUGACACAUCGUUUAUGACUGUUUUAGUUUAGGACUCUUUCAGACUGCAUGACUGUGGGAGAAAAGUAGCAUUUGGCUACAGCAUCGGCGCAGUCUCCCGUUUGAUUUGCAGGCUCAGUUGACAGAUUCUUUAAGAAAGCAGUCUUUAUCUUGCAGCACUCUAAAAUGCACAACUGGGAUGUAAGAACAAGUAUUGCAAAAUGGCAAAUUUACAAUAAAAUGGUUUGUUUCAUGGAUGAACAAUUUCCACUGUAGAUGGACAAUUACGAUCCCUUUUUAACCUCUGUACAUAGAGCGUGUGAUCAGAAUUUACGAGUGAUGUAUUCCUUUUUGUUGCCACUUGACUUUUUUGUGUGUGUGUGUAAUCUUGAGCAAUCCGUGGAAAGGCCCCUUUUUUACUUUCUGGAUUUCAGAUUUAGAGCUUCAACGCCUCGAUAGCAGUCGCAUUUACUGUUUUGCAGCCCAGAUUGUCAUUUUCAGUUUGGUUUUGUUUUUUAAUGCAAGUUUGAAUCUGGGGGUUUGUCAUACCUCUGAUUGUUAAGUGUGCAUCUAAUACAUGAGCUUUUGAACUCAAAAGGACACAUAUGGGGUUACAAAAACAUGAAACCUCUUACACUCUCCAUCUUGUGGGAAGAUUUUUUUUUUCUCUUUGCAAACAAGAUCUAAGAGAAAAUGUCCUUUUUUUUAUUGUAUGUUCAAUUAAAGAUCUUAAUUGAA